AAUCAUCAAAUAUGUCAAAUAAAAUAUUCAAUAUAUGAAAGAAGUCUUAUUUUAAAGAGAUUUAAAUGAUAGCAUUUUUUGUUGUAAUUUUGUAUCAAAACAAACAAUUUUCUUGCUGUAAUCUAAUAAGAACAUAAAAUAUGCUGGAAAUAGCAGAUGAAAUAAAAGUAGUAUCAGAGAAUGCUGAUAAAUGUGUAAAUUAUCCCAUCGGCGAAAAGCUAGAAAAAUUUAUAAACCAUCAAAAUGCCUCUAAUCAAACAAACUUUCCUCUUUCGGGUGUUAUCAUUUUUGCAGCUGCAAAAAUUUUCGGUCGUAAAGUGGAUUAUUUGGAGCAAGACAUCAUGGGAAUAGCAAAGAAUUUCGAGUCAUUAGAAACAUCUGAUGAAAAAACAGAUGAGAAAAAAGAGAAGGAGAAGAAGAAAAGCCGUACUAAAAAGUUUGUUAUCGAAGACCGCGUAAACAUUGAGAAAAUAGAAUUUGAGGAAGGUCCGAUAAAUGUUCUUGCAAAAGUUGAUAUCAAUAAAACUUUAGCAACACCGAGUCGAAUAAAUCGCUUAAAAAGGAUGAAAGAAUUCUUCUCCAAUAAUAAAUCACGCGGUGGUAAACUUGCAAUACCGAAAAACCUUCUCUUUGGUGAUGAAAACAAAGAAUCGAAUUUUGGCGGGACGCAGAUUCAUGACAUUGAUGAUCAAAAGGAAAUUAUUGGAAGUCGAAGAGAUUUCCGAUCAUUCUCAUAUUUCAUUAAUAAUGCCAGUGGAGAACUUCAAAGUGACAUUGACAAUCAAUCCUUGUCAAAUCAAGAUAAUCUUCCUUCACCUGAUUCGCCAUCAAGUCGAUUCAAUCAAAGUCCAAUUAAUUGGGAAACUCGACCGACAACACCAAAUGAUCAAAGAAUUGAUAUGGAUAUUGGUGAGGAAGGAAAAGAAAAUUCAGAUAAAGACUGGUCAAGUUCGAGCAUUAAUAUAGAUGAAGGAAUUGAGUUUGAUGAAAGCGAGCGAGCUCAAAUGCUUCUUCACAUAAAUCCAUCUGUGAAAAUGAUUGACAUUCGAGUAAAAAGUCCAAGUUUAUUUCCUUCCGAGCUUCAUCUUAACGAGGACUUUGAUAUCAAUUCUUUAGAACGUUCAAUGUUGACGCUUCCUUACGAAGUGACUGAUAAAAUAACAGACUUCGAUUUGCCAUCACAAAUAUUAGAAGAGUGUACGAGUGAAGUGAAAAUGAAGAAUAUUUUCCUUGUGCCUUUAAAGAAGCUCAAACAUAAGUGCGCGUUUGAUUUACCCAACGAUGAGUAUGGAGAAAUGAAGAGAAGAAAACGAGAUCAACAUAAAUCAACUGUCAAGGAUUAUGAGCCAAUACGAGAAAUGAGAAUUUUUAAGAAAUUUGAUACACUAAAUGACGAUGAUUUGCCUUUCUUAGGUUUCACUUUGGAGCAGCAAAAAGAAUCGUUACAGUCAAUAUAUUUAUCUAGUCUGAAACCAGCAUUCCAAUCGAAAACACCACAAUCAGAUAUCAUCAGAAAGUUUUCAAAUGAUUCUGGAUUCGAUUUUGAAAAUGAUUUCAAUGUUAGUGACGAAAGAAAUCAAGCGGAACUGUCUGAGAUAACAAUUUCUGAUUGCAAUGAAGCGAAAGACGAUACCAAUAAUAACAUCAAUGGGGGUGAUUCUUGUUACCAAUCACUUGCUUCUGGUGACAGCACAAAACCAGAUUUAUGUUCAUUCUUUAAGGAUUUUGAGAGUCGGAAUGUCACAAUUGAUACCUCGGAAAGCAGCAAUGAUGAAAGUUUAAAUGAAUCAAGAGAAGUUAUCUUACAAAUGCAACAAACAGCAGUCAAUAUAUCAAAGUGGAAAGAAUUUUUAAAACCAAUUUUAGCAGCAUCAGAAGCGAGAAGUAAGAUUGACGUUCAUCAAUGUGGAAUUGAGAUAAUCAAUAAAAUUGGAGACGUAAAUGAUUCUGCGAGUUUCAAAUCAAUAGCAGAAGAAGGAAGAAUGCCAGCAUAUUUUCUAACGAUGCUUCAAUUGAUCAACAAUCGAAAUAUUGAUAUUGAUUGUGGUGAACAAACCAUGAUGAAUCCAACUAAUCCAAAUGAUAUUAAAAUAACACUAAGAUCAAAAGUGUUGCAUCGAGAUAAAUUUGAUGAGAUGGGAGAGCAGUUUGCUCAAGAGAAUGUCAAGAAAAUCAACAACAUUGGUAAGAGAAAAGCAGCAACCGCACAGACAUCAACACCAGCUAAGCGAAUGUCAUUAAUGAGCAAUUCAUCGUUGAAUUUCUCAAGCAUAAAUGAAUCACAAAAUACUGACAAUGAAAAUGAGCAAAGUGAUUCUUAUAUGCUCUCACAAGGUUCAUCCGGUUACUGUUCACAAACAUCCACGUUCUCGGAUCUUUGAUGAAUUUAUUCUUUCAAAAGUAGAGGAAAAAAGUUAAUUAAGUACAAAACACUAAUAGAUGGAUUCUAAUACAAUGAGUACCUGUUACAAAACAUCUGUCUACACAUCACAUGCGUUUUAACGAAUGGUUUCGUUUAUAAACAAAUAUAAAACUUGAACUAAAUUUUUUCCCUUUUUCAUUUCAAUUUUUUGUGUGUAUGUAAAUAUUAUUAACAAUAUAAUUGUUUGAGUGAAAUGGAAGAAUUUUGUAUGCAAUUUAUAUUUUAAGUAGUUUCUAGAAUAAAUGCAGG